UGUACCAAACUGUCACAUGCGUCACAUCGUCCAACGAAAAAGCUAAAUAAAUUCCCUUGCUGGGUGUCAACGUUUUUUGUGGCCAAAAAAAGCGCACAUUUAUUACACAAAAGUAUUCAGUUCCUCAAUAUGGUUUUGACGAAGGAAUACCGCAUCUGCAUGCCACUCACUGUCGAAGAGUACCGCAUUGGUCAACUUUAUAUGAUAGCCCGGCACAGUUUGGAACAGUCCUGUGAUGGUGAGGGUGUCGAAACAGUAGAAAAUAAAGAGUGCGAAGAUCCCGAACAUGGAACCGGACAGUUUACAGAGAAACGUAUCCAUUUAUCAUGUCGUCUACCCUACUGGAUUCAAGCAGUCUGUCCCAAAGUGUUUUAUAUUACCGAAAAGGCAUGGAAUUACUAUCCAUUUACAAUAACUGAGUACACGUGUUCCUUUAUACCAAAGUUCCACAUCAACAUUCAAACAAAGUACGAAAACAACAAGGGUACAACCGAAAACUGCUUGGAUCUACCUCCGGAAAAGCUGAGUGAAAGAACAGUUGACCAUCUUGAUAUUGCAUUCGACGAUCUAUCCAGUACCAAGCACUACAAAGUGGAAGAAGAUCCAAAGAUAUUCAAGUCAGCAAGAACCGGACGUGGACCAUUAAUCGAGGGUUGGAGAGACGACCAACCGAUCAUGUGUUCGUACAAAUUGGUCAAUGCAUCGUUUGAGGUGUGGGGAUUUCAAACGCGUGUCGAAGACUUCAUACAGAAAUGCAUUCGAGACAUUCUUUUACUGGGACAUCGGCAGGCAUUCGCUUGGAUAGACAGCUGGUACGAUAUGACCAUUGAAGAUGUGCGAGCUUAUGAGAAACAAACACAGGCCGAAACCAACAGCAAAGUGGUACCGAAUACGGUGACCGAUUGUGAUGAAUGUGAGAAUGAUACAUUUGAGGAUUGUAUCGAGGAUGCGACGGAAGCUAAGUAGUGGGAAACAUUGCGUUGGGUUAGAGAGAUUUGAAACUUUUAGAUAUUUAAAUGAUAUUUGUGCACGCGCUCUUUAUGUCUACAAUAAAUGGUAAUUUACCAAAAUGGAA